ACAACGGCCUAUUCUCCACCGAUUUCCAUGCCAGUCCAGCUGAAUGCUAUUUGAAUAUAUCAGUGGAGGCUGCAUCGAUCGAUGGUGCGCUCAUCUUGACUCCCCGGUUGUAGGCACCAGACUGCAAUCGGUGGCGGGAAACAUCUCGCGGCACUCGUGUCCUCCGUUCGCCCUUGAUUCAUUCACCCUCCUGCAGUCGCUGUCGCUGGCCCUACUCCUACACCUGGUCGAAAACCAUCUACACACCAUGGAUUUAUACGGCCAGAGGGACUAAACUUUCAUACUGAGCUAUGCUGGAGGCCAGACUGCCAGGAUGCGACUGUCCACGGUGCUAUUGCAGGUGACAGUGUUUCUGGCCUUCACCAUCCUGCCAGUAGAAGGCUUUCUGUGCAAAUGGUCUAACGAAGGCUGCAGCUCGGACAAAGAGUGUUGCAGUGGGAGGUGCGAACAAGGCCACCCCGGCACCGACGCCCGCUGCACCAAGAGCGUGCUGCACCAGCCUUGUCUCUACACAUACCAAUGCGAGGACAGACUCAAGUGUGGCUCGCACAACAAAUGCUGCUCCAACUACUGGGGAACGUGCCGCAGACCGUCCGACUGUUGUAAUAAGAUGCACUAUUGUUUGGAGGUGGACGGCUUCUACUACAAACGCUGCCUCUCCGGCACCAAUGUUAACAUCAACGCCGCAUCACAGUCACUUGUGUUUUCCCCAUAUGUCUUCACAACUUGUUUCAUAAUUCUUGCACCUUUUACAUCUUCACGUUUUUGAUUAAAUUUUAAUACCUUUCGUACCGCCUCUGUUACUGGAGAACAUGGUAAUCAAAGUUUCGAUGGAAGUCAGAUCAUCUGUGGAAGUUAGGGAUAUAGGUAUGCCAGUAGUCUUAAGCCUUGUGGUCUUCUUGACACAACAUUAUUGUCAACUAACAAGUCCAGGAACCCAUGCUAACAAAGGGGGUGGGUGCCCAAGUGGUUUUGGGGGGUGCUACGCCGCAGUAAGACCCCACCUUGGUUCGGUUCUGCAGCGCUUCGACAGUCCAUCUUAAACUAUGGAAAUUACAAAACUCGUACCAUAAGAAUACUUCCUAUUAUUGCAUAAAACUACACGUCGACAUGCCAUAGCUGAGGGCAUACGACCCUUUUGACUCCAACUGGCGCCAGGGCGGUACCGCGUGCUGUGCAUGCCGCUGCCCCAGCACUACCUUGACCUUAUGGGCUCACACAGAAGUCAUGGACAAGUCAUACACACAUGCCGACACGCUAGAACGAACACACUUCGAUGAGUAAGGCGCGAUAGGAAGGUAUCGAUGCAUGUGCUGGACUUCUAACCAGUGUGAACGUUCGCCCUUCACAUGCGCAGAUACCAGCCUAACCAUGACAAAAUAUUUACGUCAGCCUUUGAGAAUUUAUGAAAAAGUGUGAGUGCGUGCGUGCGUGUGUGCGUGCGUUCGUGCGUAUUUGUGUUAUUUCUCAAAGUUUUCAAACGUUUUAUCUUUGAGCACUUUUUGCAUUUUCUUAUUACAUAAAUAAAUAGAUGAUUUCUUAUCAAAUAAAUAGAAGAUUUUAUAUUCA